UUUCUAGGAGCUCCUAGCUGGCUUGUGUUAAUCUGUCCGACCCGAAGCCAGGCCGCUGGCCAGGAUCUCUCCCACUAUCCCUGGGUGGUCCCCGCGUUUCAGUCAGAGACCGGAGGACGUGGGAGGCGCCGUGCUUCAGUCCAGCCUUCUCGGCAGGAGCCGGUGCGGCCUGCGCGCGGCCCACCCAUAACCGCCACGUGCUCCACUCGGCUCACAGCGAAGCAGGUGCCGGGAUUCCCCUCGCUGACCAAUGGCCUAUUCCAAACCCCAAGGUAAGCUGGUCAAGAACCUGCCUGCAGCGCUGGAGGGGGAGCCAGUGCUGAUCUUCCGUGGGCCCAAGAUACGCAAGGGCCAAUGCGUCCAGGUUACUGUAAGGAACAGGCAAGUUAAAUACCUGGUACGUUACCCGAGACGCAGAGAGAAGGACCAGGCCCCGACGGGUGGAGUGGCCAAUCCCGAUGCCCCCCUCCCGGACGUCCCACCGGCCCCAGAGUCCGAGUCGACCUCGAGUGACCUGAUAGUUAAGCCCAGAAGCCCCAGUAGCAGCUCGAGUAGCAGCAGUCCGAGCCGCCGCCGCCGCCGCCUCGGUAGCAGCAGCAGUAGCAGCAGCACCGGCAGCAGCUGCUGCUGCCAUAGUUGCUGCAGCAGCACCAGUAGCAGCACCAGCAGCAGCAGCAGCAGCAGCAGCAAUGAUGGCGAUGGUAGCAAAGAAGGUGGCGACUAUGAAGACAGCGGCGGAAUCGGCAGCACCAGCAGCUGCAUCGGCACUAGCGGCCCCGGCACCGGCACCGGCACUAGCAGCAGCACCACCGGCACAGGCACGGGCACCGACACCGGCACCGGCACCAGCACCGACACCAGCACCGACACCGGCACCGGCACCAGCAGCAGCACCGACACAAACACCGACACCGGCACCGGCACUAGCAGCAGCACCGACACAGGCACCGACACCGGCACCAGCACCGGCACCAGCAGCAGCACCGACACCGGCACCGACACCGGCACCAACACCGGCACCGGCACUAGCAGCAGCAGCACCGGCACCGGCACCAGCAGCAGCAGCACCGACACAGGCACCGACACCGGCACGGACACGGGCACCGGCACUAGCAGCAGCAGCACCGGCACAGGCACCAGCACCGGCACCACCACUAGCAGCAGCAGCACUAUCACUGGCACUGACACCGGCACCGGCACCGGCACCAGCCUCGGUACCGGUACCGGCAGCAGCAGCAGCAGCACCGGCACUAGCAGCAGCAGCACCGUCACCGGCACUAGCAGCAGCAGCACCGGCACCGGCACUAGCAGCAGCAGCACCGGCACCGGCACCGGUACCGGCACUGGCACUAGCGGCAGCAGCAGCAGCGAUAGCAGUAGCAACAGCACCACUAGCAGCACCAGCAAAUGCAGCAGCUUAGAAGUCGCCAUGCCCCUCUGGAUCCCCAGUGGGAGCACUGGCCGUGAGGGCCUCAGCGGUAGCACCCUGGAAUCGGGGCCCCUCUCGGUCUUUGUCGUUGAAGAUUGGAAGUACGAAUGGGUCUCCGAGGGCUGCGUGCUUCGCUAUUCUGCUACCCACGUGCAGGAUAGCGACGCGGCCCUCCAAAUGGCUGCCAAGAGAGAGCAGUUGGAGGAUUGCCCAGGCAGCUCCACCGAGGGCAGUGACAAGGGCACUCUGGUCAAAGAUGACAGCACCUGGUGGGGUACGGUGAUGCAGUGGCCCCGCAAGCGCAAAAGAGGGCGGGAGCUGAAGCGCGGGCGCCAGGGAAUCAAGGUUGCGGAUCCGGAAGAGAAGUACCUGAGCAGAUUGGAGGAAGUCCAAAUUCAACUCCCCAAAGGCCUGAAACCUCUUCUGGUGGAAGAUUGGCUGCUGGUGACUCUCGAGAAAAAGCUCUUCACUCUUCCUGCCAGAAAGAGCGUGGCUUCCAUUUUGGUGGAGUACGCUGCCUUCCAGCAAAAUUAUGGCACCUCCUCCAAGAAGCGUACGGUCAACGAAUUGAUGGCAGGCCUCCAAAAGUAUUUCGAUGUGGUGCUGGUCGACCAACUACUCUAUGAUUUUGAAAAACCCCAGUACGCCGACCUCAUGGUCAGCUAUCCCACCUUGAUGUUAUCCCAGAUCUACGGGGGUGCCCACCUGUUGCGCCUCUUCCCGCAGAUGGGCCCGAUGCUGGCCUGUACCCCCCUGAGCGAGAGCAGCCUCUACGUUCUUCAGAACCACUUGCAAGAUUUCCUGCAGUAUUUGGCCCUGGAUACUUCCCGGCUGUUUUCUGCUUCCACCGACUACCAGGAGGCUACUACCGAGUACCAGCAAAGAGUCGGAUAAAAUGGGAAAUAUCUACUACAUGAAGCUUAUAGCCAAAAAAGAAGCCUACAAUAAAUAAAAACGUGGUUCCU